UUGGUAUUGUCUAAAAUGGUAAAAAAACAUAAAUCAGCAACAAAUUUAACUAUAAAUUUUCUUUCUGGCGAAAAAAUUUUAAUUCAAUUAGCAAAAGAGUCGACUAUGUUUGUAAAGAAAUUUUUAAUUUACUUGAAACGAAAUGGAGGGAAGCUGUUAAUUGCACAAAUGAUUUUUGCUGACGAUGGAAUUAAACUUAAUAGUAUAAUUUUAUAA